UGCUCAUCUCAACUGAGUCAUGGAUGAGUCAUGGGAGUGCCUGUUCCCUCUUCUACAUCCCGCCGUAGCCGCCGGCGUCAAGGAGUUUAAUUUUCCCAAGAUGACGGCCGUACAGGCUGCUUGUGUCCCUAAUAUGUUGUCCCACUAUGACGUGGUUGCCGAGGCUGUCACAGGUAGUGGUAAAACUCUAGCGUUUUUGAUACCGACUCUUCAAAUGAUACUUCGAAGAGAAUACCCCAUCAAAAAGUAUGAGGUUUAUGCUAUGAUUUUGUCACCAUCGCGAGAGUUGGCCUCGCAGAUCCACGGUGUUCUUCAGGUUUUGCUGAAACACUGCAAAAAAGUGUCGUCACUGUUACUCGUAGGUGGAGGAGCCGUGUCUGAAGACGUUGCAAAGUUUGAAAGUAAUGGCGGUCACAUCAUCGUCGGCACGCCUGGAAGAAUUGAGGAUAUCUUCAACAGAUGUGAAUCUGGUGGCACGAGCUUGAGACUUGCUUGCAGGGCGUUGGAAAUCUUAAUAUUAGACGAAGCUGAUAAACUCUUUGAAGUUGGCUUUACCGAAACAAUCAGCACAAUACUUGCAUACCUUCCCAAACAGAGAAGAACUGGGCUGUUUUCUGCUACUCAAACUUCAGACAAGGUCAAACUGAUUAGGGCUGGCCUUAGAAAUCCUUGUCGGAUUGGGGUGAUGCAAUCUUCCACAGCAACUCCCUCAACCCUGAGCAAUUAUUACAUGUUGUGUGAACCGGACAAAAAAAUGUCGAUUCUAGUUGCUCUACUGAAAGAAAUGAAAAACAAAAAAGUGAUGGUAUUUUUUGCGUCGUGUGCGGCUGUUGAUUACUUCAAAGCCAUUUUGACGGGUCUUCUUCCCAAAAUGAAGUUUUUAUCCACACACCGCAAAAUGAAAAGCAGGAGGGAGAAAGUUUUCGAACAGUUUAAAAAGCUCAAGUCGGGUGUUCUGAUUUGCACAGACCUCAUGGAACGAGGCGUGGAUAUCCCCAGCGUUGAUUGGGUGAUCCAGUUCGACCCGCCCUCCUGCGCCCAGUCUUACGUGCAUCGUUGCGGACGAACGGCGCGCUGUGGCCUCUCGGGCUCAACACUUCUCAUGCUCUUGCCUGAGGAAGAGGGGUACGUCAAGUUCAUACAGCUCAACCAGAAUGUUGAACUUGAGGAAAUAAAUAAACCAAAGCCUCUACCAGAUAUACUUUUGAAAAUGAGGAAAAUUCAACUGAAAGACCGAGCCUUAAUGGAAAAGGGUGCUCAAGCUUUCGUAUCUUUCGUAAAGUUCUAUAUCAAUCAUCAAUGCAAUGUUCUCUUCAAACUGAAGAAUAUAAACCUUGGCUUGCUGGCUAUGGGUUAUGGGCUUAUAAGAAUGCCUAAGAUGCCUGAACUGAAGUACCAUAGUGCCGAGGAUUUCAGCCCCUAUCAAAUUGACUUCAAUGAUAUUCCGUACAAGAAUAAAGAACGAGAAAAAAGUCGGCAAGCAAAAUUAAAAACCUGCAAGGAAACUGGAAAGUGGCCUACGAAAAAGAUUGCCAAGAAGAAGCCGGAACGAACAACCAUCCCCUGGUCCAAGAAGAAGGAAGCUAAGGAAAAGAAGCAAAAAAACAAAAGCAAGAAAAGUGGUGGUUAUGAAAAUCAGGAGAACGAAGACCUAAAUGAAGACUAUAAAAUGUGUAUGAAGUACAAGAAGAGGAAAGUUUCUGAUGAAGAAAUUGAAAAGUUCUUCGGCUGUGGCUCAGACGGUGGGAAAAAUGCUUAGUUCACUACUGCUGCUCAAGCACUCGUUUUCCUCUUGCAGUGCUUCAUCUGUGUAUGCAUCAGGCAAUGAACUCCGGGAAAAUCAAAUUCCGCACAAUUAAUUGUGAGAUUUAUUCUUAUUUGCUCCUCAAAUGUCAGCGGUCUUGUUAAAUUCCUUUUUUGGUUCACUGUUUUCUAUAGUUGCGUACUAGCCUUGUUUGUCCUUUCUUUUUUUAUUCAGAAGCAAUCUUAGACUCAUCACUGUGUAUUAAUUUCCAAACAAUUCAGACUUUGUUCUUUCUAGUCUCAUUUUUCAAAUUAGCAAAUAACUUUCCUUACGGGAAAGGAAACGAUUUAUCCUCCCUCCGUAUUAACAUUAGAUUCCAAAUAGUUCCGCCGAUCAUUCUUCAAGUCGCUCCUAUUUCCAUGUUUAACGCACGGAUUCAGUUUGUUUCUCUUGUCAGGUUCUCAAUUUAGAAAAAUAAUAAACUUUGGUGGUGGUAAAAACCAGAUGGUUCAAUCCUGAUCAUCAAUCUUAAUGAUAGGCCAGUCUGAUAGAUGUUUGACUGGAAAUCGGAACUUUCUCCAUAAAAAAAAGAUGGUUAGUAAGGAAAGGUGAUGCAACCUAAUGUUGCUGAGAUUGCAAAUGACGGAAAGUAUACAAGAUGGCAA